AUGCCUCAAGAGGCGUUUACCUCGCAUCGUCUUGCGUCUUCGCAUCCGUAUUCCGAAAACUGGAAACGUUCGCAACGUCGUGAAUGUCGUGCGAUGCAUCAUGGGAGUUUUCAAAAUGGCGUCGUGAGUUCAUCAACGGUUACAAUUUUGACAGAAAAUGAAGAACGUAAAUGUGGUAAACACUGCACAUCAUAUGAUAAAGACAGUGAAGAUUCAGAUGAUGACAGUGUCAUUGACGACGAUGAGCGCUACCAAGAUGGCGAAGAAGAUGACAACGAUGACGAUGAUGAUUUAGACGAGGAUAAUGGCAUCGAUUUCGUCGAUCAACGGCAAAAUGGUACAGAAAACUACAGAAUUAAAGUGAGUGGUUUGUUAUUAAUUAUAACACCACCGGAAAUGCCAAUGCCAACGCCAACGCCAUCUUCCACUGAAGCACCGCCAUUAACACCGCCUACACCACCAUCAAAUCAAACUAAUACAACAUCAUGGAGCGGUGUUAAAAAGCGAUUUAACGUGCGUCGGCACGAUCAGAGCUUCCUUGACCAACAGAAACGCAAACUAACGCGGUAUCAAGCGAGGAUUCCACAGUUUAUUAUGGCGCUUCUGCGAAAUCGACACGCCGCCCAAGCUCAUUAAAUUUAUGCACGCACGCGACGGCCAUAUUGUACACAAUGUGUUUUAAUUUAAAAUUUAUUUUAAUUAAUUUAGCAAGAAAUAGUUUAUAGGUCCGCAGAUUAAUAGUGUAAUUAAGUAUUUUUAUACAGUGUGCCCAAGUCACAUACAAAGUGUUCAAAAUAUUU